AUGCAAACUCACUCAAACAUAUCAAUCACACAGGAAUCUAUAAAUCCAAGGGAACAAAUUCAAUUUCUAGUUGAAUCUGAUAACGCCAUUCCAUAUAAUGAAGUUUCCAUGGCGUCAAUCACUAUAGUAUCCGUUUCUCCCUAUUUUCAUAGGUUCCACAAAAUACAAAUCCUUCAUAAAGACAUCCCGUUACAGAUCCGAUGUGAUUCGAUGAGAAUACGGUUUGGAUUAAGCACAAAAUAUCUCGAUCAUGCUGGAAGACCACUCUUAAGUUUUGUGGUGGAUGCAAACUCUCCAAAUCUAUGUGAUCUACUUGAUGCAUGUGAUAAUAUUACUAAGAGAUUCAUAGGUUUUGAUUGCAACUCUGAAUGGAGACCUCUUGUUAACAGAAUGUUUUAUGACUCACCCACCAUUAGAUUAAACUUAAGGACUGAACAUGGAGAUAGUAGAGGGUGGAUGACAGAGAUAUACCAAAAGGAGUCAUCAUCAUCAUCAUCAUCGUCUUUGUCUACACCACAACUGGUUUCAAAUAGUAGUUAUGAUGUGGCAGAAUUGGAUUGGUUGUUUUGUCCCGGUGGCUUUGUGGACGCUAACUUGUGUUUAGAACCGUAUAACUAUCCAGGAAAUGCUGGAAUCCGUUUAGUGGCCAAGAAGUUAAUUGUUCAUUACUAA